AUGAAGAUCUUCAACUGGGUUCACCGAAAACUUAGCUACAAAGGAGGUGGAUCUGAAGAAAACGCAAACAAGAUAGUUGUUCGUGAAAACAACAUCGAAUCGAACAAUGUGUUUGAUCAGCUCUUGAGUGGAGGGAAUAUUCUGACCAUUGGAACAUUCGGAUACGAUCCAUUAAGCGAGCCCAAUGACGAAAACAAUAGCUUCUCAUCAUUUUUCAAAGACGAACCGGAAAAAUAUGAAGAAAAUAAUGAAGAGAACGAGACGGCCUCAGAAAAAGAAGAAGAAGAAGAAAGUAAUGAAGAGGAAGUGAAGAACCCUUUUGUCUUUGCAGCUUUCGAGCACGAUUACAAGGGACUAAUAAUGGAGGGAGUUAAUAUUAAUAAUAAUCACAAUAAGGAAAGGUGUUAUGAUUAUGUGAUGAUGGAGAAGACACAGAGGAUCACACUGGCCGACCUGUUUUCGGCUGCGGAUUCCCAUGCGAGCGACAAAAAGCCGACAAAAAACAACAAUAACGAUAAUAAUAAUAAUAUUGUUGAUCGUAGUAAUGUAAUAAAGAAAGCGAAACGUACUAAAAAGCAUGCGGGAGACUCGAAGCUGACUAUCACCGAGGAAGCUCGUCCCAUACGAAAACUGCAGAAAAUGGUUCGGAGGGUGUUGAAAAGGAAAGUCCAUCCUGGCAUGAGUUCGCCGAGCUAUAAAGUUCACGUGAAAAAGUGCGAAAUGUUCGACGAUCAUGCUUCACUACUUCCGACGAAUUAA